AUGAAUUCAAAAAUUAAAGGAAUAACGGAUGAUAUAACAUCAAUUCCACCAGAAGAACAAAGAUAUUACGCAUUAAAUGCAUUUCCUAAAGUUUUGAAGAUUGGAAGAUUUAAUUUAAAUGAGGAAUUCAUAAAAGGUUUCCUAAAUGACAUAAUGAAGAAAGCAGAUAAGGAAUAUGUUAACGAUGAGUUAGCAAAGAAAGCAGAUAAGGAAUAUGUUAACGAUGAGUUAGGGAAGAAAGCAGAUAAGGAAUAUGUUAACGAUGAGUUAGCAAAGAAAGCAGAUAAGGAAUAUGUUAACGAUGAGUUAGGGAAGAAGGCAGAUAAGGAAUAUGUUAACGAUGAGUUAGCAAAGAAAGCAGAUAAGGAAUAUGUUAACGAUGAGUUAGCAAAGAAAGCAGAUAAGGAAUAUGUUAACGAAAUAUACCAAAGUUUGAUAGGAACAAAAAAUAUUGAAACUAUUGUUGGUGACUUUUCUGUCAAUGAAGAAAACAAAUAUUUUAGAUGGGGGUUUGUACAGUCCUUAAGAAAUGGUAUACGGUAUACUCAUUCCGAAAAUAACAAUGAAAUGUAUGUAGGCUAUAUAAAGAAUAAUGGUACACAAGUUAAAGUUCCAUUAGACAACAACUGCUACUUAAACUUAUAUGGAGACGAACAAAAGAAAUAUUUAAGAGUUUAUGAAAUGACGGAUAUGACAGAUAUGACAUUGUCUAACGUAGCUCCAGCACCGUAUUAUUAUGACUAUGGUGUUGACGCACAUGUAGACCCAAAAAAGCAAACAUUAUAUUUAGAAUAUUAUAGAUAUAAAAGAUAUAAUGCAAUAGAAAAACGAGAAUAG